AUUCAAGAGAGAGUCAGAGAGGGAGAGAAUGGAAAACCUAGAAAAUUUGAACUCGAUUCUUCCAUUCUUACCACUUGUACUCCAGUCAUCAUCACCAUCUCCUUCUCUUUCAUGGCCGAUUCAAAUCAUCGAAGCGUUGAAAUCACUAAGUAAAGGUCCAGACCACAGUCGAGUUGAAUCUGGUGAAGUUUUGUUUCUUGCGAUUUCUGAUCUCAGAAAUUCUCUUGGUUUAUCUUCUUAUGAAAUCAAUUCUCAUGCUGAACAAGGUUAUUCUGUUUUCUUCGAUGAGUUAAUGUCUCGUGUUGAAUCGGGGAAGUGGUUUGGGGAGGUUGUACCAGCAUUAGCGACUUUGUUGUUGAAAUUACCGUCUCUUCUGGAAGAUCAUUAUAGGAAUGCAGAUGAAAUUAAUCGUGGAAGGAGAGAAGGUUAUCCUAGAAUUAACACUGGACUCCGUUUAUUGAGGCCGCAGGAAUCAGGCAUUGUGUUUCUCAGUCAGGAAUUAAUUGGGGCUCUUCUUGCUUGCUCUUUCUUUUGUUUGUAUCCAACAUUUGAUAGAGGUGCCAAACAUCUUCCAGAUAUCAACUUUGAUCAUUUAUUUGCGAGUCUUCACCCCAGCUACAAAGAAAAUCAAGAGCAUAAAAUAAGGUGCCUUGUACACUACUUUGAAAGGAUAUCAUCAUGCAUGCCAAUGUAUUGUGUCUCAUUUGAAAGAAAGGUUAUUCCUAUGGAAAAUAGUCCACUGUGUGUUUCAUAUCCUGAAGCUGAUUUUUGGAGCAAAUCCACCAUUUCACUCUGCCAUUUGGAGGUUUUGACAUCUGGCUUAAUAGAGGAGCAGAAUCGUGAAGCUCUUGAAGUGGACUUUGCAAACAAAUACAUUGGUGGUGGUGCUAUUGGUAGAGGCUGUGUACAGGAAGAGAUCCGUUUCAUGAUCAAUCCAGAGUUAAUCGCUGGCAUGCUUUUCUUGCCUUGUAUGGAUGACAAUGAAGCUAUUGAAAUUGUUGGAGUGGAAAGGUUUUCAACUUACACUGGAUAUGGCUCCAGUUUCCGUUAUUCGGGUGAUUAUUCAGAUAAGAAGUUAAUAGAUUGCAUGGGAAGACGUAAAACCAGGAUAGUCGCAAUAGAUGCGUUGCAUAGACCAGGAAUGAGACAAUUCAGGGUCAAAUACCUUCUCCGGGAGAUCAAUAAGGCGUGGUGUGGAUUUUUUGAUCAAAUAAAAUAUCAAGACUAUCAAAAAGCUCUUCAAGAGGAUGAGUUUUCCAGAGAUAGGCUCCAUUGGGAUUGCAAAACCUCCAGUAAUAAGCCUUCCACUUGCGAUGGACUUCAUGGAGGAGAAAAUGAGGCUCAAGUGAUUGGGAAUUCUCGUGGUGAACACAGUAAUCAAGAUUCAGAUGUUCAGGAUGAUAUUGGAAUUGCAACAGGGAAUUGGGGAUGUGGUGCUUUUGGGGGAGACCCUGAAAUUAAGGCUAUAACUCAGUGGCUUGCUGCUUCUCAGGCACUAAGACCUUUCAUUUCGUAUUACACGUUUGGCGAGGAACCUCUGCAGAGUUUGGAGCAGGUGAGUCAUUGGAUUCUGUCGCAUGGAUGGACAGUUGGGGAACUCUGGAAUAUGUUAGCGGAAUACUCAACUCAAAGAGUAAACGGUGAAACUCGUAUGGGAUUUCUCAGUUGGCUCCUUCCUAUUUUACCAUCACCACUAGAACAGUCUGCACUUUCAUCAUAACCAGCAACAAAUUUUGCAGUGCCUGUAAUCAUUCUAGCUACCUGAAUGUUAGCUGUUUUUAGAUCACCCACCCGAUAAGAAUUACGUUACCUAGUGGCCCGGCACAGGAGCCAAGUUGGAUGAGUUGCCUCUAUUUACCCG